CUCGCUGUUCUGAGGCUUUGGUUUUGGCGAUCAUAUACCCCAGAAAUGCCUGCAAAUUUCAAUGGUUACUGGAAAAUGCUUAGCAAUGACAAUUUUGAGGAGUAUCUGAAAGCACUGGAUGUAAACAUUGCUGUGAGAAAAAUUGCCAACUUGCUAAAACCUGACAAAGAAAUCAUUCAGAAUGGUGAUCAUAUGAUCAUUAAAACGCUAAGCACUUUUAGAAACUACAUAAUGGAAUUUGAUGUAGGAAAAGAGUUUGAGGAGGAUUUAGCAGGGGUGGAUGAUCGCAAAUGCAUGACUAACGUGAGUUGGGAUGGAGAUAAACUUCUUUGCAUACAGAAAGGAGAAAAAGAAGGCCGUGGUUGGACCCAGUGGAUUGAAGGAGAUGAAAUGCAUCUGGAAAUAAGAGUAGGUGGUGUCAAAUGUAAACAAGUCUUUAAGAAGGUACAGUGAACCUAAUCUGCCCAUUGCUGAUACAGAGAUGAAGACGAACAGAAUAGAAUGUAUGGACUUGGUACCAAAGCGCCACAUGCUCUUAGUGCCCAAGUAUAUCCUUAACAUCUAGCGAGCAGAACCCUGUGAACAUCUGUGCACAUGAAAUUAGAAGUGUGUAGUGCUGUCUUUGCAAAAAGGAUUUUUUUUUAAAUAAAUCAUUCUAAAUAAACAUAAUCAUUUUUAGAAAUGCCAA